ACGUCGGCGCGCGCCGGAAGACGCGUUGGGAAGGGGCGGGCCUGCGCGCCGCACCCUGAUCCCGCCCUUUGCGACCCAUCUGAGCAUCCGCUUCCGGCUUCCAGAGUGAAUUGGCGGCGAGCGGAGGCUGAAGUCCCGGAGGCCUGCGGGGCUUUGCUGGAGAUGGACAGCCGGAUUCCUUAUGAUGACUACCCGGUGGUUUUCCUGCCUGCUUAUGAGAAUCCCCCGGCAUGGAUUCCUCCUCAUGAGAGGGUAUACCACCCAGACUACAACAAUGAGUUGACCCAGUUUCUUCCCCGAAUCGUCACACUGAAGAAGCCCCCUGGAGCUCAGUUGGGAUUUAAUAUCCGAGGAGGAAAGGCCUCCCAGCUAGGCAUCUUUAUCUCCAAGGUAAUUCCUGACUCUGAUGCACAUCGAGCAGGACUUCAGGAAGGGGACCAAGUCCUAGCUGUGAAUGAUGUGGAUUUCCAAGAUAUUGAGCACAGCAAGGCUGUUGAGAUCCUGAAGACAGCCCGCGAAAUCAGCAUGCGUGUCCGCUUCUUUCCUUACAAAAAGUCAGUUUACUGCCCUGGAGCAAAGAAGAGAAGUCAGAGGGGGAUCGGAGCUGGACAUCUGAGUUGGUAGCAAUGGUACUAUGGAGGUUAGAAGCUGGGCUGUUUCUGUCCUGAGAUCAAGAUCUGUUUCCUGGCACAGACAGGGACUCUGGAGAGGACCAAAGACUACCUCUUGGAGAUUUUCUCCUCCAGGUUUUCAGCACAGAAGCUCUUCACUUCAAAGUCAAUCCCACAGGCCUGCAAAGGUGAAGGGGCCAAGAGAACUCACUUCUAACACUGCCUAUCCUUUCCUCUUGGGUCUAUAAGGAAAUGCCUGACCCCAUCCCUUAGCUGUCCAUUUUGCCAGUCUUUUUCAUUUGUCCCUCUGUCCUUCAUCCUAGCACUGACUAUCCCUCUUUCUCAGAACCCAGACCUCACCUUUCCCGCAUCUUCGGGACCUGGCUGCAGUGUCACCGAACAGGGCAGGUUAACAACCAUCUAGGGGAUCAGAAGGAGGUCAGCAAACAGAAGAAAUAGGGAUCCCCCCCCACUUUGUUUUCCUUCUGUAGCUUCCUCUCUUAACAUUCCCUGGAAACCUUGCCCAGGAUUUGGGGGCCAGUACCUGCAGGGUAAAGGGGUAGGCAUUGUCCCCCAACUUUUGCAGCAGUCGCUCCUGUAGUACUGUGAGGGGCCCCUGGGUGCUGGUGGGCUCAGGUGGGAACACUUGCUGCACCUGUACAUACAGAUCUUUGCGGAAUGUCAGACCGAUCACGUCCAAGUCAUCAUGGCCAUAGCGAAAGGCACAUGUCAACAUGACAAACACUGCAGGCAAAGGAGGAAAAGAGAGUGAACUGUCAUGCCCGAGGGAGAAAGGAAGUUCUUAAAUGGCUCAUAGGAAGACAUGGAGAGACAAUGUAGUAUGAUUGAAACCAUAUGGCCAUGAAGAAAAGGAUAAAUACAUUUGACUACAGUAAAUUUUCAAACUUCUUUUCUUUAAGAGUCUUUAUAAAUACUGAAACAAGCAAAAGCCUGGGAGAAAAUAUUUGCAACAUACGUAACAAACAAAAGUUUAGCAUUCCUAACCUGAAACUAAGGUAACACUGUGUGUCAACUAUACUUCAAUAAAAAAGCUUCACCUUUGUGAUA